GGUUUUAAAAGGGCCCGUGCGGGCGGUGUGGUGUAAGAAUCUCGGAAGAAACCGCAGUGGAGACAUGCCCCCUCGCAUAGGGGUCGCGCUUCCUGUCCCGCGCCGAGGAGGUGGACGAGGAGCGGGGAGGCGGUGACGAUUGCGAAACGGAAGGCGCGGGUCUUGCGGGGGCGCCUGGUUCCCGGGUCUUGUUGGGCGGGCGCGGGGCGUCGUCGUCCUCGACGGCGUGGUGUUAGUUCUUGGCUGGCGUCUUCGUCCUCGCGCGGCGCGGGGUUCAGGCGGAGCGUGAUCACCAACUCUUCGGGAGGCCGCUGAACAGGGAGGAAAGGAGACGGGUGCACGGAGGGGAUCGGCAUUGGGUGGUGCAGGGGACUCCGGGGAUGGAUCGCCGGAGCUGGCUGUGGCGGCGCAAGUCGACGGACAAGAGCCCCGCCGACACCGAGACCUCGGCCUCGGCGUCCUCAGCAUCCGAGAGGCUCACUGACGAGCAGGAUACUGCCAAGAGCUCUCCAAAAUCGACGCAGUCACCGGAGAUCUCAUCGAAGGAAUUGGAGGACGACAGCAAUGUAAAAGUGAAGGUGUUGAGCGAGAGGCUGUCAUCCGUGGUUCAGGACAUUCGUGCCAAGGAUGAUCUCGUGAAGCAGCAUUCCAAAGUUGCAGAGGAGGCUGUUCUAGGAUGGGAGAAGGCCGAGAAGGAGAUCGCGUCGCUGAAGACGCAGCUGAGCGCUGCGACGGCCAAGAACUCUGCGCUGGAGGACCGGCUCGUCCACCUCGACGGCGCCCUCAAGGAAUGCGUCCGGCAACUCCGGCGAGCCAAGGAGGAGCAGGACCAGACGGUGCAGGACGCGCUAGCGCAGCAGGCCCGGCAAUGGGAGUCCCACAAGGCCGACCUCGAGCUGCGCAUCAUCGAGCUCACGGCGAGGCUGGAGGCCAAGUCCGAGCGCUCGGCGGCCGCCGACGGCGACACGGGCUCCAGGCUGGCUGCCAUGGAGAAGGAGAACUCGGCUCUGAAGGCGCAGCUGCUCGCCAAGGCGGAGGAGCUGGAGCUCAGGACGAUCGAGAAGGAGCUCAACCGGCGGGCCGCGGAGACGGCGAGCAAGCAGCAGCUUGAGGGCAUUAAGAAGGUGGCCAAGCUCCAAGCCGAGUGCAGGAGGCUGCAGGCCACGGCGGCACGGCGGCCUCCCAUGAACGCCGAGCUCCGGCGCUCCCCGAGCUCGGCCUGCGCCGAGUCGGUGACGGACUGCCAGUCGGACUGCUCCGACUCGUGGGCCUCGGCUCUGAUCACCGAGCUCGACCAGUUCAAGAACAACGACAAGAGCGGUAGCGCGAGCACCAGGGCCGGGAGCCUCGCCGCCGCGGACAUCGCCGUGAUGGACGACUUCCUCGAGAUGGAGAGGCUCGCCUCCGCCAACGAAUCGUCGAAAGGCGACGCCGCCGCCGUCGAGGACGCGAGCGGGCAGGUGGCGAAGCUCGAGGAGAAGGUCAAGAGGCUGGCAGCCGAGAAGGUCGAGAGAGAGAAGGCGCUGCACGAGGCUCAGCGCGAGCUGAGGAAUUCCCGCCACCGGGUGAUGGUGGCGGAGGAGAAAUCAGCCGAGCUGCAGCGGCAACUGAACCUUGCCAAUGGCGAGAAGCACGCCAUGGAGACCGAGGUGGAAGCCGCCGAGGCUAAGAGAAGCGAGCUUCAGGGUAAGCUUGAGCUGGCCCGCGCCGAGAUCACCAGCUUGCUGGGCAAGGAGCGCAUCCUGGAGGAACGGCUCGAGUCUGAGAAGGCGUUGACGCUGGAGCUCGCGGCCAAGUACCAGGACAUGGAGGCACUGGGAGCGGAGAAGAGUGAGCUGAGCGCUCAGCUGGAGGCAUCACGGUCUGAAGCGAAGAAGUUGAGUAACAAGAUCACUCUGUUCGAGAGGAAGCUGGAGGUGGAGAAAGCCUUGUCGAUCCGGCUCGCGACGAAAUGCCAUGGUAUUGAUGCUCUGGAAGCGAAGAAGAAGGGCGUGGAGCUCGAGCUGGAGUCGGCACGAGAGGAAAUUGCAUCACUGCACAAGAAAGUGAGUAGCCUGGAACUGGAAGUUCAGGAAGAGAAGGCGUCGUCUGCAGAACUGGCAACGCGGUGUGAAGAAUUGGAGGCGUUGGGUAAGCACAGAGAUGAGCUUAGAACCCAGCUUGAGUCUGCAAAUUCAGAUAUUGUUAAGCUGAAUGGGAAGGUUAACAUGCUCGAGGAUGCAAUGGAGAAACAAAGGCCAGUGGCAGUGGAAUUGGAGUCUCAGCUUCAGUCGAGACAAGCUGAAAUAGAGAGCUUGAAGGAGAAUGUUGGUCUGUUGGAAAAGAAGCUGGAGAGCCAGAAGAACUUGUCAUCGGCUUACAUAUCUGCACUAGGUGCUUCUGAAACUGAGAAGAAGGAACUGGCUACUCGGUUUGAACUCAAAGAGAAAGAAGCCGAGGAAUUACUCAGGAAGAUGAGUUUGCUGGAGGAACAUAUUUACAAAGAGAAGGCACGAUCGUCUGAAUUUGCAGCGAAAUGCCUGAAGAUGGAAGAACAAGUGCCAAGCAGAUCUCUGGGUCACCAACCAGUGAAGUCUACGUCAGUCCAAGAUCUUCAGAUCAGAAAGGAGAAAGAGCUGGCCAAGGCCGCAGGGAAACUAGCAGACUGCCAGAAGACCAUAGCUUCACUCAGCAGCCAACUGAAAUCCUUGGCGGAUUUCGACGAAUUCCUCCCUGGAAUGGAGUCCGGUGGCGCCACCUCAGCCGACUCCUGGGACGGUGGUGAUCCGAAGCUGCUCCAACCAGCGAGCUAUCCCUCUCAAUUUGGUUGUUUGGCAGUCACAUGAUCCUCGUGGCAAGUGGGUUUCGCCGCAUGAUUGGUGUGAUGAGAUUGCCAUGAUCUUCCACCCACAUGUCAUAUAGAGUUAAUUUAAUAGUCUAUAGGUGAGCAAAUGUUCAUAUGGAAAGCUGUUUAUAGAGUUGGUGGUGAAGCCUUAAGGGAACUCGUAUUGAAAAGAAUACAAUAUCUUUGAUCUCCCUGUCCCAUGGAAAUGGCUUUUUUCCCCAACAUGUGUUGCAUCUUUGAUUA